UUCAGUCAGUCAGUCACCUGCCGUCAUUGUUUAUCCGGUCAUGGACUAGUGGAGUAGUUUGGCACAUGACGGAGAAGAACAGGAGCCACAGUUGUUUUUCCAAGCCAAAGGACUAUCUACCUCGCUGCCUUCGCAAACAUUGUUAGAGUAGCUGGCAUUCGUUAUUUAUGUUUAUUUAUAUUUAUUUAUAACCCGCGCGUUUCGUAUCUACACUGCACUGAAUUUAGCGCCCCGAUGCUUUUACAUCAGUUCGUGAAUGGGACGUUGGAAACGAUGUAUCCCAGUAUUCAGAAAGACACGACUUUCACCAAGAUCUUUGUCGGCGGUCUGCCGUAUCACACCACGGACGCGUCGCUCCGCAAAUACUUCGAGACUUUCGGCGACAUCGAUGAAGCCGUGGUAAUAACGGACCGACAAACGGGGAAAUCCAGAGGAUAUGGCUUUGUCACAAUGAUAGAUAAAAGUGCAGCCGAGAGAGCUUGUAAAGAUCCCAACCCUAUUAUUGAUGGACGCAAAGCUAAUGUCAACCUGGCGUACCUCGGGGCCAAACCACGCAGCCCACUGACAGGAUACUCUACUGGAGUACAGCAGGUUCAUCCAGCCCUGAUCCAGAGGCAGUAUGGACUCAGCCAGCCAUAUGUUUACCCUCAGGCCUUCCUACAACCCAGUCUGGUUCUGCCCACACAGGUCACCUCCUCCACCGCCACGACCCCCUACCUUGACUUCAGCACUGCCUACAACCAGUACGCCUCAUCGGCCUUUGAGCAGUAUCCCUACGCCCCCUCGCCAGGCUUCCUGAGCUACAUGUACCCGCCGGGCACCCCCGGGCCCUCCUCCGCCACCUCCACCCCUCUCUCUGUCGGAGGCACCCCCACCGCAGCCUUCAUCCAGCUUCCUCCUCAUCAGCUCCAAACCGACCGCCUGUAGAACAGGCUACAAGGACCGACCGAGUAUGCUGAAAUUGCACUAGAACAUCAUCAUUAUGGGACAGGGAAUUGUGACAUCAUCAGCCUGUGACUGGGGUCGCAUACAAAGGGCUUCGAGUUUUUCUGCUUUUCAUUAUCCCUCAGUUAAUGUACUUUUUCUCUGAUUGGUUACUCUUAUGAUUAAUUAUGAUAUUAUUCUCAUUAUUGGUAGAAGAUUGUUGAAGAACCAAUAUUAGAUGAAUAAAUGGUGGAUUGCAGGGAUUGCAAUUCAGAUGGAUCCAGUGAAUAAGAAAUGACAGGUUAUACAUUCAUUACCGUUCAAAAGUUUGGGAGCAGUAAGCUUUUUUAAUGUUUUUGAAAGAAGUCUCUUAUGCUCACCAAGGCUGCAUUUAUUUACAUUUUUACAUUAUUACUAUUAAUUUAAAACAACUGUUUUCUAUUUGAAUAUAUUGUAAAAUGUAAUUUAUUCCUGUGAUCAAAGCUGAAUUUUCAGCAUCAUUACUCCAGUCUUCAGUGUCACAUGAUCCUUCAGAAAUCAUUCAAAUAUGCCGAUUUGGUGCUCAAGAAACAUGUUGUAAACAGUUGUGCUUGAUAUUUUUGUGGAAAUGUGAUACUUUGAUAAAUAGAAAUUUCAAAAGAACAGCAUUAAUUUGAAAUCUUUUGUACCUUAUAAAUGUCUUUACUGUCACAUUUGAUCAAUUUAAUGCACGCUUGCUGAAUAAAAGUAUUAAUUUCCGUCAAAAAAAGAAACAUACUUAAUCUAAACUUUUGAGCGGUAGUGCAGUAUACUGCUUAUAAGAAUGGCAGUUUUUUUAAGGUUGGAUGUUGUGCACUUCUGCAGGAAGAUCUAUUCAGCACAAAGCCUUAGAGACUUUCUCCUUCCUUUUUUCUUUUAUAGCUGUUCUUAUGACACAAAUGUGCUUCCCUCUCCCUGAGCAAAAAUAUGUGAAAUUUUAACAAGAAUUUUUCAAGAAUAGAUAACUUUUCUAGAAAUGUAGCAUUGCAUAGAAUUUGUAAUUCUGCUUAUCACUGUGUAUCGCCUCUGUCAAAGGUCUCUUCAAUUCCUGUAGUUCCUCAUUCCUUAAGAUAGAUUGUUACAUUAAUCCAUCAUUCAGUAACACAUGGAUUCAAGAUGCGCUAUAGCUCACCUGUGAAUAAUCAUGAGGAAAUAGACAUUGAGUAUUAAGCAUAUUUUAAUCCUGUCUUAUACGUGAUGCUUUUUAGACUGUGUUUUGGUCAAUAUUUACAUCUUCUGAAAGGACAAAAAAAAAAAAAAAGAGUAUUGUGACAAAUGUCAGUGGUUGCCAUUGGUAUCGAUCCACAAAUGACACUACAGGACAAAAUGCCAGCAUGAACAUGCAGGAAAACAUGAGAAAAGUCUUGAUUUAGGGGACGUUUGGACAGCACAAGACGAUAUAUUGCCAGGACAAUCUGUUUGUUUUCACGAGAACAGUGUUGUCAAUCUACCCUGCGACACUCAACUCAAAAUAUGAAAAUACCUUACAGUGAAAGCCAUAAGACCAGAACAUGCAAAACAAGUAAUAAAGUCAUUUACAAAACUGA